CUUUUCAGGUUAUCCGCUUCAGUUUAUUUUCCGGGUCACCGUCGGCAGGCAUAUUUUGAAUUCUGAUGCCAGUGUUGUUUCGGAAAAUUUAAAACGACAUUGUACAGUUGACAUCGGUGAAGGGAGGUCUGGAGGUAGAACGUUUGGCCAGUUGUGGUUUUGUUCUCCUAGUGCAGAGUUCAACUCUGGGUUUAUCCUGAGUGUUUAUUCAGAAUGGCCUUACCAACGAUGCCUGCCUACUGGACCAGUCGGUACAAGAACAUCCAGGAGCGGGCCAUGGUGCAGCGGCGUACCCACGAGGCCGACUUCCGAGAGAAAUGGGGCAACAAUGCCCAGUAUUUCAAAAGUUCAGAUGUCAAGACCACCAAACAAAGAGCCUGGACGUCAGACCAGUCAUUUCAUAACAGCAUGGAUGCUUAUAGGAAACGUGACGAGCGUGAGCUGCGAGCAUUAAGACUGAGAAAUCGCAGGCACAAACUGAAGCAACUAUUGGAUGACGAGAGGGAGAGGUAUGCAGCCGAGCUGAGAGGACUCUCCCUGGGGAACUACGAGCGGCUCAAAGGGAUGAAGGAGAGAACGGAUGAGCUGAAAAGCCAGAAGGAAGAGAAAAGAAAGCAGAUUGCUGACCAGCGACUGUAUGACCAUUGGCGACAAAACAACCCAGACUUGCGGAAGAUCGAGUCGGAGAUGCACAAGAAGCACGUUGUCCACGGCUGGGGGGAGCAGGUGGACUCCCACCGAGAGCAGCUGGAGUCGGCCCGCCGAGAAGAGCAGCAGGAAUACAGGGAGAUGGAGCAGGACAGGCAGGCUGCCCUGGAAAAGGAACGGCAGGCCCAGCAGGCUAAGCUGAGGGAGGAGAAGCAGCUGGCGGAACAGCUGAAGGAACAGAUGAAUGAGCUACGGCAGAGGGAGGCUGAGGCCGAGCGGUUGAAGCAGGAGCAGGAUCGCCUCCUGCAGCGACAGUGGGAGCUGGACAAGCUGGAGGAGGAACGCCAGGCCAUGGAGGAACAGCGCAAGAAGUCCCAGAUGGCCCGGGCGUUGUCCCGACAGUACAAGGCUCAGCUCAGACGCAGAGCCAAGGAGGUGCAAGAAGCAUUGGAAUUUGAUAGGAAGAUCCUGGAAGCUCUUGUAGAGAAAGAGAGUGAGGAGCAGCAGAUCCAGACAACGAGGAGGGAGAAGGCCAAGGCAGAUGCUGCCUGGAUGAAGCAGGUGGUGGAGGAACAACUGAAGCUAGAGAAGGCUCGAGAAGCAGAGCUGGAUAUGCUGUACAAGGACGAAGCAGCCAGGGAAUGGCAGAAGAGGGAACAUGAAUGGGAGAAGGAACGCCUGGCAAGGGAACGACUGAUGCAUGAGGUGCUACAGGGUCAGCAGGCACAGAUUGACGCCCACAUGGACGAGAAUCGACGACGCCAGGAGGAGUCCCUACAGCAGAGGGAAGAGCUGGUGCGCGAGAUGGAGCUAGUACAGCAGAUGACCCAGCGGGAGAAGGCAGAGGAGGAACGACGCAAAGCAGAGACCAGGAGGGAAGUUGAGUCUCAGUUGACUGAGCGACAGCAACGUCAGGAGGCGGCGCGGGAGCUCAUGCAAAAGGAGACGGAGGCCGAGAGGCAGGCAGAGAGAGACUACGAGGAGAUGCUACGACAGGAGGCAUCACGGAUGUCACUGCACGACUUCCAACCCAAGUCAUACCCAAGGAAAGGACCCGGACCCAGCAGAUCAGCUUGGGAAUGAGCAGCCACUCUCCAUUUCUUGUCCCCUUUUUUGUGAUAUCACAUACCUCACUCCAGGUUGGGCUUUAUAUCCUCACACAUUUGAGAUCCAACCACCUCCGAGUACGUACCCAUGCAACCUUGGAUAUCCCUUGUGAGGCAUGCAAGUGUCAGACAGGUGUUUGUGAAAUGUUACUGGAGGGAUGGAAAUUGGAAGCAAGGAUAGAUUCUCCUUUGCUUUGAUGGAGAGAAAUGCUGGAUGCCUUUGGAAAGAUUUUAACUUACGCAUCAUUCUUAGACGUGACUUUGCGUAAGGAGAAAAUUGAAGUUAUCAGAGAUAGGGUGUCAGGGUGGAGGAUUAAUUGGAAAAAGUAUUGUUUAAUGAUUUGGCAGAGUAGGUUUUGUCACCUUCAACAAGUAUCAAGUGCAACUGUAAUAAGUACUUAACCUGUUGAUUGUAGGGCAUAAUUUCAAAGGGGCAUUCCUGUUUGCCAAGCAUUGUACGCAUGCGCACAUAUUUAACAGGUAGCUUUCAGGUGUCUAUUUGAACAUGGGCUUUUUACAGAUGUACGUCCUCGACUCUGCCAGCAGCGUAUUUGUCGUGUUCUGCGGUGAUGCCAGUGAAUUCAAUUUACUUUACAAUAGCCUUUCAUUUCCUACAAGUGUAUUUGUCGUGGCAGAAUCUGGUACUCCUGUGACUACAAAUACACCCAUCAGCAGUCAAUGUGUUCAAUUAUACUAUUGCAGCCUUCUGUACCUGCUGAGGUGUCCCAACUUGAUUGUUUUCCCUCAUGCUUGUAUUGAAUCGGAAAGAGAGGCUUUGAAGGAGAGAAAUUCACUGUCAUUUGAAGGAAACCUGUUGGAUUUCCCAAUAGCCUCUCUCAAGAGCAUUCAGUUUUUUAAUUGCUCCAGUAGAUGCGGCAUUAGACUUAAACAGAUCCUUGAAUUUAAAAUGAAUGUGUGAAAUGCUACUUAUGGUUGUACAUAUUUACUCAUUUUUUUGUGUAAAUAUCUAUGUACAAAUUUAAAUAGGAAUAAAAAUUGCAAGAGUGAUAUGGA